AUGACCAACAAGAAAACCAACCCCUCCAACCCUUCGCCAAACAAGCCCGCUGAUCCAUCCACACAGACUCCUCCUACCACCACCACUGAGACUACUGAUGUUGUAGAUUCGCCGUCGCCGCCGCCGCCGUCUCCUCCGGCGGUGAAAACCGUCACCAAAUCAUCCUCACCCUCCUCCGCUGACCCUUCAACCAAGAAGACCACCACUCCAACUUCGACUCAGACUACCACCACCACCACCGCUGAGACCAAUGUUGCAGCGCCAUCGCCGAGGCCAGUGGUAGCCUCCGCUGACCCUUCAUCAAAGAAUAAGACUACUCCAUCCAAACAAUCCCGCGCACCACUUGUCCGCCCAACAUCGAAGACUGCUGCUGAGACUAAUGUUGUAACGCCAACCCCACCAGCUCCAGUGUUGGUCUCGGCCUCAGCAUCAGCACCUUCCCCGGUCCUGGCUCCAGCCCCGGCACGAGCCGCUUCUUCUGUUAUUAGGCCAACUAAGGCUGGUGAAGUGGUUGGACGCCCUGUUAACGUUCCUGCCAGUGGUGCCCCGAAUACGAUUGCUUCGUCUAUUCGGCCCACUAGCCGAGCCAGUGGUAGUGCCCCAUCGAACGCGUCCUCUAUUAGGCCAAAUAGCGCUAUUGAGUCCCGUAUUCGCGUGAAAAUAUCUUUGGCUCCUGCCAUUGCUCGCCCAGCCGUUCCCUUGAUUCGCCCAGCUACUGUUGAUGCCCAUGGACGCCGAACAACCGUGGCUCCUCCUCCUCCCAUUGGUGCCCCAACCAUUACUUCCAUUCGGCCAACUACCCUUGCCGAAGCCCUUGGACGCAACAAAACAGCCGCGGCUUCUUCUUCUGCCAGCGGAGCCCCGGGCGCUUCCUCUUCUCGGCCAACUACGAACCGAGCCUCUGUCGCUCAUGUUCUCACCAGUGGUGGUACCCCAGUAGUAAGGGCGGCUCAUCCCAUUUCAUCCGUUGCACCAGCAAACCCUCCUCGUUCGAUUGCACCAGCAAACCCUCGUCCAAUUUCUUCCGUUGCACCCUCAAACCCGCCUGCUCGUCCUAUUCCCCCACUAAUUGUCGUUCCAGCAACCCCUCGUCCUAUCACUCCUGCUGCUGUUACCGCUCCACCUCCACCAACCCCUCGGCCUCAGGGGGGUAGCGGUAGUGGAAGUGGUAGUGCUGUUGCUGUAGCCGUUGGGGUAGGCUUGAUAAGUAGCAUCUUUGAGGGCCUCGGAGGAGGAGGAGGGAUUCUAGUGGGCGGUUCUGCUGGUGCUGGUGCUGGUGCUGGUGCUGGUGGUAACAAAGAGGAACGUAAUAAUAAUAAAAGGAAGGCUAUUGAAAUUGUUGUCCCCGAAGGAAUUUCACCCAUUUGCAGCAUCUGUCAAAGGGAUUUUGGUUCCUGGAAGGCUCUCUUCGGACACAUGCGCUGCCAUCCUGACCGCCAUUGGCGUGGCUGCUUUCCCCCUCCCGUUAUGGUUUCCAGGGGCGUUGUUCAAGCUGAAGAAUUACCACAAGCGUCUGAGAGGGCUAGCAGGACACCUAAUAGGGCUGCAAAUUUCGACCUAAAUCUGCCCCAGGGAUUAUUAGGAGAUCAGAUUGCUGGGUCUGGUUUAUCACCAUCUCCUCUCAAUAUUAGAGAUGAUGAUGAUGAGGAGGAGGAAGAUGAGGAAGAUACAACUGCUACGACAACAGGCUUUGAUCUGAACCAGCUGCCUCCUGCUUCUGAUGAUGAAGACGAUGACAGUAGCAGUGAUGAUGGUGAUUCUGGGGCUGCUUUCUAG